CCUCACCGUUGGGGGAGCUCCAUCAUCGCCACCACUUGCGUGUCCCGCCGUCUACAAGCUUUCAAUCGCGUCUUGUCAAUUACCUUUGACACACUACGUCCACCACUCGCGGCUUGAUAUCCCGUAGGCUCGUGCUCGCGUAAAUCAGACGGGUCAAUCUGCCGAACAGAACAUUGCUUUUCACCAGAUUUCCACAACCGCGGCGAAGCCUUAUCGCACCAGAAAUGACGCUGCCUCCCAACGUACACGUCUCGAUCCACCCAUGCGUGCUGGCGAAACUCUCCAGGCUGCGGUCCCAAAGCACCCCGGCGCGUGAGGUGAAGACGCUCGUGCACGACAUCGCGAGCAUCAUUGCCUGUGAGGCAUUUGCCACCUCACUGACGGCUGCCGAUGGGCCGAUGGACACGACGCCCAUGGGCUUCGAGUACACCACCACAACGAUAAGUCCGCGGAGUAUCUCCCUCGUCCCAAUUUUGCGAUCGGGCUUGGGGAUGAUAGAAGCCGUCCAACAACUCCUACCCGACUCGGUCCCAGUCCACCACCUGGGCCUCUACCGUGAUCCCACCACACUCACAUCGGUAGAGUACUACAACAACCUGCCAAACCACCUGGCCAUCUCGCCCUCCGCCUCGGCCACCUCCCCCGAGCACGCCGCCGGCGGGCCCUCGGAGCUCGCCAUCGUCGUGGACCCCGUCAUCGCGACGGGCGGGACCUGCGCCGCCGCGAUCCAGACGCUCCGCGAGUGGGGCGUCCAGCGCAUCGUGGUGCUCAGCGUCAUCGCGGCCGCCGAGGGCCUGAGGCGCGCGGCCCAGCAGUGGGGCGAGGGCACGCAGUUCUACGUCGCGGGCGUGGAUGCCGAGCUGACGGACAAGGGCAUGCUGAAGCCUGGGCUCGGGGAUGUGGGAGAUCGGCUGUUCUUAACCAUCGGGAAGUGAUAGGGGGUUUAUCGGUUCGAUAUAUAAUAUAUAGCUAUAUCUCAAAGGGUACUGGCGAGGUGACGCGUCGUUCAAGUAUGAAUGAUAACAUGCAGCCUGCGUGUGACAACGACACCUUGCCAUGUCCAUAACUGCCGAUGAUCGCAGGUCUUAGGGUGAAGACCUUCACGCUCACCAUCUCGAACGCUGUCCAUAGGAUGAGUCGAAAUCCA